AGAGAGUAUCCGGUGCGGACUGCGCGCUCUGUGCCACAAAGUGCAAUACUCUGCACCACAGCGGCUCCCUCCGCGUCACAGCCCGGGCCUCUCCAACCCAAACCAAAACGCUGCGUAAAAGUUCACCAAGUCUUCUCCAAAAGCGACUAAAUGCGCACAGCUCGCCACGAUGGACUGCACCAUAAAGGAAGCCCUGUCCGUGGUGAGCCAGGACCAGGCAUUAUUUGACCCGGCGUUUGGUGCAUCGUCGUUGCUGCAGAUGAAGGCCGAGCUGACCCAGAGUCCCCCCCCUGCAGAGACCGAGUGGACCACAGGGGGCGCUGUGAGCUCCACUAAAAGGACCGAACACGUCAACGGCACCAGCCGUGAGUCUCCGGUGGACUGCAGUGUGACCAAACGUUCCAGACACAUCAGCAGCGAUGGCUCUAUGUCCUACCAGCCCUACAGCCCCCAGAGCUCCAACGCCACCCCCACCAGCAGGUCUCCUCCUGGGGGUAGAUCCACGAUUACAUAUCCCAGCUCUGGUUCUCCUCUUGGAGGCAGAUCCACAGUAACGUACCCCAGCUCUGGUUCUCCUCCUGGAGGUCGAUCCACGAUAACUUACCCCAGCUCCGGUUCUCCUCCUGGGGGUAGAUCGACAAUGACGUACCCCAGCUCUGGCUCUCCUCCUGGGGGAAGAUCCACAAUAACUUAUCCCUCCUCUGGUUCUCCUCCUGGAGGUAGAUCCACGAUGACAUACCCCAGCUCCGGUUCUCCUCCCGGGGGUAGAUCCAUGCAGUACCAGCCCUACAGCCCCCAGAACACUCAGAGCACAGCGAACCCAAACCCAAACACAAGUUCUCCUCCAGGAGGCAGCACUGAGGAGAAGAGGGUCAUCGUACCAGCAGACCCGGAGGUGUGGAGUCAGGAGCACGUGCGGCAGUGGUUGGACUGGGCCAUAAAGGAGUACGUCCUGGAGGAGGUGGACGUGGUUCUGUUCCAGGGUUUGGACGGAAAGUCUCUGUGUAAAAUGAGCAAAGACGACAUGAUGAGCCUGACCUCCCCGUACAACGCCGACAUCCUGCUGUCUCACCUCAGCUACCUCCGACAGAGUAGUCCCACGUUCUCAUACCCCUCGACCCCAGCGAGUACCACACCCCAACCACGAGUGCAGGUCAAAGCAGAAAGUGUUUUUGAUGAGGUCAGUCGCAGAAACAGCUGGUCCAGCACCAUGGCCCCGGUGCCCAAAGAACACAACAGAGCGACAGAACCAGCUCCCAGAAUCAUUCAAGAUCCAUACCAGACGUUAGGGCCCCUCAGCAGCAGACUGGCCAAUCCAGGCUCGGGUCAGAUCCAGCUGUGGCAGUUCCUCUUGGAGCUCCUGUCCGACAGCAGUAACUCGGGCAUCAUCACGUGGGAGGGCACAAACGGAGAGUUUAAGAUGACGGAUCCAGACGAGGUGGCCAAGCGCUGGGGCGAGAGGAAGAGCAAGCCCAACAUGAACUACGACAAACUGAGCCGAGCGCUGCGAUACUACUACGACAAAAACAUCAUGACCAAAGUGCACGGCAAGAGAUACGCCUACAAGUUUGACUUCCAGGGCAUCUCCACGGCGCACCAGAGCCACGCAGCGGAGGGAGGGCUGAAGUACCAGAGCGAAAUGUCCUACGUGCCGCAGUUCCACAGUCACCAGCCGAAGGGGGCGUACGUGUCCACCCACCCCACCUCCGUGCCUGUGUCGCCGGGCAGCUUCUUCAGCCCGGCCUCCCCGUACUGGAGCUCCAACGCCGCGCUGUACCAAGGGACGCCCAUGCCACGGCACCCGGGAACCCACGCGCACCUCAGCUCCUACUACUGAGGGACCGCUCGGGACCGCUCGGGACCGCUCGGGACCGCUCGGGACCGCUCGGGACCGCUCGGGACCGCUCGGGACCGCUCGGGACCGCUCGGGACCGCUCGGGACCGCUCGGGACCGCUCGGGACCGCGCGGGACUCCACACUGCACAAUGAAAGAUACUGUAGUUUAUGAGUUUAAAGCGCAUAUCUGGUUUUCUUUCUUUCUUUUUUUUUUUUUUUAAGCUACCACCCCUAAGUUUAUUUGAUAUAUUUUUUAACCAGUAGAUGGCGGAUGUGAGUCCUGUUCCCCUUCCACCAACUGAUGUGGAUGUUAUGUCACACUUUACAGAGCUGUCAUGGAUUGUAAGUGAAAGGUCCUAUAUUACACAAAAUGGACUCUUUUAACCAUGCUCUAAUGUUUUCCCUCCUCACAAACAGACCUGGAGUUGUGUUUUGUUUCAUUCACACAUGUUUGAGUAACAUUUUAUUAUUCCUGUCUACAUCUCGAAAGCUCAAAAUGCUCUGUUCCACCUUGUGAUGCAAUGAUAGUUUAAGUCAGCAGUUCCUUUCAGCUUUUGUUUAGUAGAGAUUAGCAACUCCAGAGCUGAAAUGAUCCAAAUGAUUCUAGUGAAGGUUUGUAGCGUUUAAAAACACAGUGGAGCACUUCCUGUAUCACCACAUGACAUGUUUUUUUGUUUCCACUUACUAAAGCAGGACUAACCCAGGCCAAAACCAGGUCUACAGCAGGACUAACCCAGGACUGAUAUUUGCUAUACCUGAUAUUCUUGAGAUAAGUAAAGUCCAUGUUUAGACCUGUUUUUUGGUUUAUAUCUGUGUAAUUACACAGUAAAGCUCCUUUAAAAACAGGGCAUUAAAUUCUUGUUUGAAACGUGCCUUUUUAAAUCGUAUAUACUGUAGUUUUACUCAUUUUGAAACCAAGUUGUUGUAAGUAAAAUGUUUUGAUAAAAAACAAAAAAAAUCUGCCCAGUUGAAUUGAGGUUGUUUAUGUAUGUAUUGUGUAUGGGUUUGAAAUGAUCUACAGUUUGACUUUGUAAAAAAAUGUACAGAAUUCUCCAUGUAGCAUUUACUCAAUGUUUAUGUUCAUAAAUAAAAGAUGAACC